AUGAUGCAAGAACUGAAGGCCUACGGCGAGAAGCAGGCGUGACCCAGAGUUCGCGCCAAGGGGUCACGACCUUUGACCUGUUCAAGACGCCCGUGCUCAGACGCCGGUUCCUCGUGCUCUGCGUCAUGUGGGUCGCCAUGACCGUGGCCUACGACGGCUUCAUGCGCAACACGGCCAACAUCGGCUACGACGCCUUCCUCAGCUUCACCAUCGCCGGGCUGCUGGAGUUCCCGGCCGACCUGCUCAUGAUGGUGACGACGGAGUGGCUGGGGCGCCGACACACCACCGUCGGGUCGCUCGUGCUCUGCGGUGUCUCGGCCCUCUGCAUCGCCGCCAUUCCCGAAGACAACACGCUCGCCGUCAUGGUCAUGGCCUUCGUGGGGCGGUUCCUCAUCACGGUGACGAUGAACGUGGGGCAUCAGUACCCGGUGGAGGUGCUGCCGACGGUGGCUCGCGGGCAGGGGAUGGGCACCAUGCAGACCCUCGGCUUCGCGUCUGCCUUUGCGUCUCCCUACAUCGUGUAUUUGUCUAAGUACAGUUACUCCCUGCCGUACGUGAUCAUGGGCGUGAUCACGGUGAUUGGAGGCCUGACGUGUCUCCUGCUCCCCGAGACCCUGCACGAGAACCUCCCCGACACGCUCGAGGACGGCGAGACCUUCUUCGGCGGCCAGACCCUGUGCUACAACCCGUGCGGCGCCAGGAAGGAGAAGUCUGCAAAGGACGACGUCGAGAAGGGCGUGGACAACCCCGCCUUCGAGACGACGCGCCUUUAGGACACCGUCUGCGUCCACUCGUCCUCUUCGUCUCAUGUGGCCGAUUUUUCUGACCUUCUUGCACGUAUUAUCACGGAAAUUAUGCUACAUGACCUUCACCUUUCGGUCUAUCACCCAUCUGUCAUGUCAUAUAUGGUGCAGUUAGAAAUUGUUCAUUUGGUGUCGAAAUAAAUAUUUAAUGUUAA